AUGGCAAAUCCAACCGAAAGUACAGAAAUUGACAACACCGCGAACGUAUCAAACUCGCCACUAGCAGUGCCAAAUCAUCACACAACGGACCAAACAGUACAACAAACUGCUACUCCGGAUCUCGAAACCGAAGAGAGCGAGCUCAAAUAUCCUAUUUCUGCUUUGCGAGAAAAUGUCGAAAACAGUGGCAGGGCCAGCGAAGCACAGAAACGAGAAAUCCAAGGUACUAGAGGGCUUCUGGUUUGCACUUCGCUAUAUAUCAGCGCCUUGGUCUUUGGACUUGAUACUACUAUUGCUGCCGAUGUCCAGAGUUUUAUCAUUGAGGCUUUCGGCCAUGUUGACCAGCUAGCUUGGAUCGGUGCCGGGUUUUCUCUAGGCUCUGCUGCAAGUGUUUUGCCUGUUGGCAUAGCCUUUACAAAGUUCAACAUGAAAUGGGCCUAUAUCAUUUCAUUUGGACUUUUUGAACUGGGCUCUGCACUAUGUGGUGCUGCUCCUAAUAUAAGCACCAUCAUUAUCGGAAGAGUUAUUGCUGGCUCUGGAGGUGCCGGCUUAUUUGUCGGUUGCUUAAACUACUUCAGUGCAUUAACUGCUCCCUCAGAACGCGCCUUUUACAUCUCCAUUAUAGGAUUCUGCUGGGGAACAGGCGCAAUUUUAGGGCCCGUUGUCGGCGGCGCCUUUGCUAUUUCAUCCGCUUCCUGGCGGUGGGCCUUUUAUAUCAAUCUUCUUAUUGCUGCAGUCACAGCUCCUCUUUACUUGACCUUUUUGCCAUCUUUGCAUUUAGCAAAAGAUCAAAGUCUUUCAAAAAGAGUCGCCAACCUAGACUUUCUGGGAUUCAUGUUAAAUGCAGCCAUGUGGGCAACAUUUGCAAUAGCUGCAACUACAGCAGGUAUUCAAUGGCCCUGGCCUAGUGCGCAGGUCAUAGCUAUAUGGGCCGCAUUCGGUGUAUUAAUUAUUGGAUACAUUCUUCAGCAGUGGUUCUGCAUCUGCACAACAGCUCAGGACCGCAGUUUUCCUGUUCAUUUACUGGCAUCACGCACCCAAUUAUCUCUUUGCAUUGCCAUGGCCGCAAAUGCAGCAGCAGCAUUCUGCAUGAUUUAUUUUAUUCCGAUUUAUUUUCAAUUUGUCCAUGGGGAUAAAGCUCUUAUGGCUGCUGUACGACUUUUGCCCUAUAUAGCAGUUAAUGUCUGUACAAAUCUUGCAACAGGUCGCUUCCUACCACGAAUUCAGUACUACAUGCCGGUGUAUCUGAUAAGUGGAUUGUUCACUGUUAUUGGUAGCACCUCAUUCAUGGUAUAUCUUAGACCAUCAACCCAGCAAGGGGUUAUAUAUGGUCUUAUGAUUAUCCUUGGCGUUGGUACAGGCAUGACAUUUUCUCUCGGGUUUUCUAUAGCCAGUAUCAUGGCUGGCCCUUCAGAUGUUGGGCGGGCGAUUAGCUUACAGAACGUCUGCCGCCUGGGAGGCUCAACUAUCACACUAGUAAUAGCGGGUCAAAUCUUCCAGAGCUGCGCUAUGGCUAAUCUCGAAAAAGUGUUGGCAGGGGAAGGAUUUGUCGCUGAUGAGAUUCGGGGGGCUGUUGCAGGCGCUCAAAGCACCUUGUUCUCCGAGCUCCACGGAGUCUUGAAAGCAGAAGCAACAAAUGCUAUCACGGACGCUAUACAGCGCACUUUUGUUCUCGCCGUUGUUGGUGGAGGUGUGCUUGUUUUAGCUGCAAUUAGCAUGAGGAUCGAGAAGCUGUUCUCUGCAAAAACAUGA